CAGGUUUUAGCAACCAUUCAUACACGAUUAGAUGGCCCCAUUAUGGAAGUAUACUUGUCAACAACCGAAAUAUUAAAAUCUUUACUUUCGAUUUUUCACCUAAUGUCCGCCUGGAUGCCCACUGUGUCGAGGGUGUCACAGUAUUUUCUUCGAUGGCUCCUAUUUAUCCAUCUUGAAACAAGUGUAACAUUUCUAUCAGCAUCACUACAGCCAACAACUAUUACUAGUAAAUCAUUCCAAUUAAGUUUGAAUGUAGCAUCCAGUUGUAGUGACGUUGGUAAUGCAUCAGUUGAAACCAGUCGUCUGGUUGUAAAGAAGCUGAGUAGUUUGUUCACUAGAAUUUACAUAAAAUCGUGGAGCGAAAACAUUAUGUAAUGCAGUAGAAUCUGGAGUUACUGACCAUUGUUGAUAUAACGCACGAAGAUUAUCUGCCGAAUAAAUUGAUGGACAUGAUACAAAUCUAUGAUAACGCAAUAUGCUGGUCAACCAGGUUGCUGACACCGCUCAACAACAUUCAGCAACAUGAUUCGACAACAUUCACCGCUUCACAGAAUUCAACAUCAGUCUAGGAAGUACAAAAUUAGUCUAUUAUAAUGUCUAUGCAUUAGAGCUCAAAGGAUUUGCUCAACGGCCAGUGGCGAAUCCUGCCCGCGAGCGGUACCUUUUAACCCAAAAAACUGUUUUUCCUAGCAGAUCUCUCUUAGAAUAAUUUGUUUCUACAACGAUCCAUGUAUCUCGCACUUUUAUAAUAUACCGUACGUACCAAAAACUAAUUCUAGAUCCGCUACUGUCAACGGCUGCCCUCCUAGAGUAGCAGUUUCAGUGUUUCAGACUAAUGUUUUGUGCUAACUCGAAUAAUGUGAUAAAUAGGGUGAUUAGAGGUGUAAAAUUAGAUAAAUCAAGAAAACAAAAAAAUCUGCAAACACCUGAAAAAAGUUUUAUUCCUUCGUCUUAUGAUACUGCUUCAAAUGGAAAAAAAACAUGGGGCACUUGAAUGUACUCUGUCGCUCUAAUAUUACACGCAUGAAUUGCUUCUGCGUUUUCACAAACAAAAAACUUUGCGAUAAAACACAAGAAAAGAUCAUCGUUUUUCAUGCAUAAAAUUGUACUUGUGUAGUUACCUUAAAGCUAAAUACCAAAAAGCUAUCGUUUUCUUGUUUAUUUUUGCAGGGUAAAAGUAUAGCGCAAGAAAACGCAUAUAUUGUUUUCUGGUGUUGCGUUAGUGUGGUCAGAAAAAUGCCAAAAACGCACAUUUGUGCAGAAAUCGUUAAAAAAUUUGAUAUAGCUGGUGUUUAUUCUGAAUAAACGACCAGGCUCUUCUAAAAUACUUUCCAUGUUGCAUAGCUGAUAAUGGUCGAAGAAAAUUAGUUAGUGAUGUUGGCCUAAAAGUCUAUGUUUUAUCAAGCUAUUUCCAGAUACUUUCCUCUAUCAUAUUUUCUACAAAUGAUUGCUCUUCAAUAAAAUUUUACACCAGUUUUCUAUUUCUAGUUCAAAUAGUUUCUUCUAAAAUGCCGUUAAAUUUUCUUUACCUGUCACUUGCAUCAAGAACGGUUAUGGAAAGGAAUGGUAGACUUUGAAAAAAUGAAACUCCUUUGUCUUGAUGCGUUCGUUUCUGCCCAACCAGCCUUUCACCACUUUUACUGAAAAAAAAACUCGAGAUAUCUCAGAAACGGGCGUUUGAUUUCGCUUCAAACUAUUAUGCUAAAUUUUUCUCCUAAUGAGUGUUCUAUGCUAAAAAAAGGAGCUUAUAAUUCAUCGUUAAAAAGUUUAAGAAGGAAAUUCAUCUUUGAGGAGAGCGUUUUAUAGCAAUCUAACAGGUCAAAUUGAAAAUCGACUGUAAAUGAGAUAAGAACGCGAGAAAAAAAAGUCAACAUAAGUGACUAAUUGUCGACGAACAUAAAAGAAUACAUGCACGAUAUUUGUCGUUAGCAAAAAUUAGGCAAGGCAUGUAUAAUCUGUUCCGUUUCGUUUCUUAUAUUUUUGAUUAUUUUUUCCGUUUUCUUUCUGAGAAUUUUUUUCUCGUUCUAUCCAUCUUUUCCUGACUUUCAUUAUUUUUUGCGUAUUCUUCUGUAACUCCAUCUUAUUCUUCGAUUUUUCUUACAAGAUAAAUUAACCUUCUGUUCCUGAUAUAUACGUGUAGCAAGAAACAACAUUGAUAUGUAGAAUAUUGUUUUAAGGUCACACGUAUUCAUCGUAGUACUAUUUUUCUGAUAUUUUCGCUAUAUAUUGUACAUCAGAUGGUAGAGCCAUGUGCUGAAAUGGAAGAAAAAUUUAAUCAUCUGAGAACAAAACACUCGAAAAUGAUUUACUUUUUCUUAUCUUGUCUACAUUUCAGAUCAUCGAUGAAAAAAUGUUUACUGCUGAUCAGAUCGACGAUCAUGUUUGGCUUGGUAAUCUUGGAUCAUCUGAAAAUUACCAGAUGUUAGACAUGUACAACAUCUCUCACGUUCUAACCGUUCUCGACUAUGAACCAACGUAUACUGCCGAUGAUCAACGAAUACGUCUUUACAUACCGGCGCAAGAUGUCAGUUCAACCGAUCUGCUUACUCAGUUCGAUCAGUGUUACCAAUUUAUUGACUUGGCUACGAGAAACGAGCAAAAUGUUUUAAUUCAUUGUUAUGCGGGCAGAUCACGCAGUGGCACGAUAGCACUGAUGUAUAUGAUGAAAAAAUAUAAAAUGACAAUGGACGAGGCUUUAGAAAUAUUGAUAAAACAGCGACCGGACAUCAGUCCGAACGAAGGAUUUCAAAAGCAAUUGGAACUUUUUCAUUCUAUGAAUUAUCAGUUGGAUAAAAGUCAUUUGAAAUACCAUCAAUUUCAAUUAGAAUGUAUACGAUUACAGUAUAUUGAGCGAUAUGGUAUUAAAAAUAAAAACGAAUUGAAAGAUAAACUUUGUCAUCUACUUUCAGUUGUCGUCGUAGAUCCACUCGCUUUGAAAGAACAACCUACAGUAGAAUUUCAUUGUAAACAAUGUCAUAGAAAAUUAUUCACUAAUCUUGAUGUGUUAACAGAACACCAACAUUCAGUUGAACAACCAGACUAUUUGAAUAUUGAUUAUCUAGUGUGGAUUGUCGACUCAUUCGGUCCAUAUUGUCAUGGUGAUAUUAAGUGCCCUGACUGCCAAUUUCUGGAUAACGAGAACGUCUUCACUGUAUUGUCUGCACUGGCAUUAUUGGAUGAUGAUACAUCUGUAAUAGAUAAACUCAAACAGACAUCUGUUACAAGUGGUAUAGAGAUAAAGGAUGAUAUUGAACCAAUUGAUGAUGACAAUGUAGCUGCAGCGAAACGUUUAAAGGAAUUAGCUGAUAAUGCUCAUAAUCGAAAAGAUUUUGAAGCAAUAAAACAUUAUACACAAGCGAUUGUACUAUCGGGACUUCCAGAUAAAGAUCGAGCCAUACUUUAUUAUAAUCGUAUCAGCAUCGAACAAUCAGAAAAAAAACUUCGACAAAGAAUCAUACAAAAUGAUCCGGGACAAGCGGCUGUAUUUACGGGACAUCAGUAUCGUGACGACGGUACAGACGUUAAGCAAAAGUACGAACGCGCUGCACAGUUUUAUGGAAAGGCUGCAAAUCUCGAUAAUACCGAAGGACAGUAUAAUCUUGUACUAUUGACUGCACGAGCAGCUGAAAAAUUACAAUUACCAUGUUUUCUUGCCUAUGAAUCGAAUAACAAAUUGUUGCUAACACAAAUAUAUAAUUUUCAGUCAACAACUGAUGAUUCAAUAACACCAACGACUACUUCAAUUACGAUGUCUAUUAAAGCAAAAUCUCGUUUGAGUGAUCCAUGUCAAACUGAGAUUAUUGAAGCUCAGCGAAAAUCUAACACAAUUUUUCGUUGUAGAAUCAAUACGGCCGUGAUGUCCACAGUUAAACCACUUUUUCAGCAACAAUCGCCUGAAUCAUUGAUUGGAUUGAAGCUGAUCACUCUCAAAGAGAUGGAUCCAACCAAAGAUCUUGUCUACAAUGGUUACACAUUGAGUUUAACUAUGAAUCAGGUAUCUAUAACCCAUCAAUUAGACUGGUAG